UGUUGCCGUCAUCCCUAGAUUUUUCUUUACGUUUCUACGCCAUUACUGUUAAAUGUGCUAAGUUAAGUAGAGUAUUAUAUUCCUUAGUAUUUAUAUCCUAAGCCCCAUUUUAUAAAUAGUAAUGGCAAACAGAGAUAGAAUGGGACGCAGAGGUGGUGGUGAUCGGAAUAGCUUUGGUAGUCGCCGGGGUGGUGGAGCUGGUGGUCCCAGAGGUGGUGGCUUUGGAGGAGGUGGAGGUGGACGUGGUUCUUUGAAAGGGAAACAGCCUGGUGAGAAAUUGCGCCGCCCCCGAUGGGAUAUGUCUAAACUUUUGCCAUUUCAAAAGAAUUUUUAUCGGGAGCAUCCUAAUGUUCAAAGGCGUUCUACUCAAGAAGCAGAUAGUUAUCGCCAGCAUUUUGAAAUAACUAUUCGUGGACCGAAUAUUCCAAAACCAGUUGCCAAUUUUGAUGAAGGCUGUUUUCCAGAUUAUGUGAUGGAAGCUGUUCGGCAACAGCAGUAUCAACAACCAACAGCAAUUCAAGCUCAGAGUUGGCCUAUUGCUCUCAGUGGAAGAGAUUUAGUUGGUAUAGCCCAGACUGGCUCUGGAAAAACACUUGCAUACAUAUUGCCUGCCAUUGUUCACAUUAAUCACCAGCCACCAUUGGAAAGAGGAGAUGGCCCUAUUGUCCUUGUAUUAGCUCCUACUCGAGAGUUAGCUCAACAAAUCCAGCAAGUGGCCAAUGACUUCGGUCACACAUCUCGAGUUAGAAAUACUUGUGUAUUUGGAGGAGCACCCAAGGGUCCUCAGAUAAGAGAUUUAGAACGAGGUGCUGAAAUCUGUGUUGCUACUCCUGGACGUUUAAUAGAUUUCUUAGAAGCUGGAGUAACAAAUCUUCGUCGCUGUACAUAUCUUGUAUUGGAUGAAGCUGAUCGCAUGUUAGAUAUGGGUUUUGAACCUCAAAUAAGAAAAAUCUUAGAACAGAUCAGACCUGAUCGUCAAACAUUGAUGUGGAGUGCAACUUGGCCAAAGGAAGUGCGAGCUCUUGCUGAAGAUUUCUUGAAAGAUUAUGUUCAAAUCAAUAUAGGAGCUUUGAGCUUGUGUGCAAAUCAUAACAUCACACAAAUUGUAGAUGUCUGUGAAGAACAUGAGAAGGAAAACAAGCUUUUUAAACUUCUUGAAGAAAUAAUGGGGCAGAAAGAUAAUAAAACCAUUAUAUUUGCUGAAACAAAACGGAAAGUAGAUGAUUUAACUAGACGUAUGCGCAGAGAUGGAUGGCCAGCUAUGUGUAUUCAUGGUGACAAAUCACAACCUGAAAGAGACUGGGUCUUGAAUGAAUUUCGAACUGGUAGAUCACCUAUUUUAGUUGCUACUGAUGUUGCAGCAAGAGGAUUGGAUGUGGAUGAUAUUAAGUUUGUUAUAAACUUUGACUACCCAAACUGCUCUGAAGACUAUGUUCAUCGGAUUGGCCGAACAGCUCGUAGCAAUAAAAGUGGCACAGCUUACACUUUCUUUACUUCGGGCAACAUGAAGCAGGCGAAUGACUUGAUCAGUGUUCUGAAGGAGGCUAAUCAAGCCAUAAACCCACAACUGUAUGAAAUGGCUGACAUGGGCAGAGGUGGUAUAGGAAGAAUGCGUAACAGAGCUCGUGGUGGCAUGGGAGGCCGACAUGAUAUGCGUGGAGGCCGAAGAGAUGAUGGUAGAGGUGGUAGAAAUCAGGGAAGAGAUAAUUUUGGCCCUCGUAAUGACAGAAUGCGGAGCGAGGACAGAGGCAGAGUUAAUCGUGGACCUGAUCGUGGCAGUCAAGCAGAGCGUACUGGCUAUUCUCAUGAAAAUCAGAGCUCAGGCUAUGGUCGUGACAAUCAGAAUGCAGGGUAUAACCGUGAAAAUCAAAGUGGUGGUUAUGGCCGAGAUAAUCAGGCAAAUACUUACAAUAGAGGUGAUCAGUCAGUUGGAUACAAUCGUGAUCCACCACCUUAUAAUUCAGGAGCUCGAAGUGGUCUGUUGAAUACACCCCAAAAUAAUUCUGCAUAUUCACAUGAAGAAAGAGGACAUCCUGAAUCCAGUCGUUACAACACUCGAUCUCAGUCUUCAGUACCUCCAAGGGGAAAUCCACCAGUACCACCAAGGGGAAAUCCACCAGUACCACCAAGGGGAAAUCCACCAGUACCUCCAAGGGGAAAUCCACCAAUGCCACCAAGGGGAAAUCCAAGAUCUGAAGGAAAUGUUCCUCCUCCUCAUGCAAGACAGGGACCACCACCAGUCAACCAUAAUAUGAAUGGCCAAUAUAUGAAUGGCCCAUCAAGAGCACAUCCACCACAAAUGAAUAAUGCUGAGAGACGUGGAAAUCAGCCGAUGAAUAAUGUUCACCAUUCUGGUCCUCCACCACAGCGUUAUGAAGGGCAUAAUAUGCCAAUGAACGGUCCUCCGCAUAGAAAUACUCAGCAGAUGAAUGGCCCAGCUCCACACCAUGCAGCACCAAAUGUCCAGAUGAAUGGUCCCUCAAGAAAUACACAGGCAAUGACCAAUGCACAAACUAUGCAGUCUUUGUUCCAACCCCCUCCACCUCCACCACCAAUACCAAACAGUUCUGCACCCCAGGCUGGCAAAACCUCAUUAAUGGGACCACCUCCGCAAAUGAGUGGAUAUUAUCAAUAAUUCUGGUUUUAGCUCCAUUGUCAUAAUUUUCUCAGAAGUAAGCAUUUGGUCUGUCGUACAUUUUAAAUCUUGUAUAUAGCUCAUAUCGUAUUUAUUUCUUUUCCGACAAUAAGUAGAUGGGAAAAUUUUUUGGGUUUUUAAUUCAGUUUUUAAACCUUAUGUAAUUAAUGUGUCUUACAUACCAUCAGUACUGAAAAUUGUUGCAGUAGUUUCAAUUUGGUUGAUAGUAGUUUUGGUAUAAAAUAAAUUAUUGUAAAUUCAUAAAAUUAAUCUCAAGGUUUUUUGUAAUGCUAUCUCCAAAUUUUAACAGAAGACUUUAGUUAAUCAGAAGAAUAAAGCUUUUUUUUUUUUUUUUUUUUUUUUUUACUGUAAGAAUGUGACAAAUGUUUUUCAGUUGGAACUAUAUUUUUUCAUCAUUCCACUAUCCAUUAUUAAUAAAAAAUUGAAAGACAUUUGUUUCUAAAGUAGCUUGAUGUUUGUAAGAUCGAAAGUUGAAACUUUUUUUAAUAAGUGAAUUGCACAAAAUUCAUUUCAAUAAAAA